GAAGUUGACCUUAGUAUGAAGGGCAGGUUUUCUGACCUGUGGAGCAAAGUCUCCAACAAGGUCAAGACCCUGAAACUCCUAAGUGCUGACCUUGUAGAGCGUGACUUUAUCAGCUUGCUGCAGCAGUGUACUCAGUUAGAGGAACUCAGAUUUGAUGGCUUGGCCCACAUCCUCAUGACAGGAACCUUGCUAAGUAACCCUGAAGACAGAAAGCUUCUAUCAGCUUCCUUGAAGAAUGUGACUAGACUUCACCUCGCCUGCUCAAGAUACCUGACAGAUCUUCUGUUUACCCGCAUCACCUCGGUCUUGGGGCCCCUCAAAAAACUCUCUCUAGCAGGAUGCCAGAUCUCUUUCCAGUCUGCCAUUCACAAAAGGUUCUAUCCUUCCGAUGGACGAGUGAAAGUGUCCGAUCACGUGCUCACCUUCAAGCACAUAUUAGAAUACGUAGAAGAAAACGCAAAGACGCUGAAGGAACUGAGCUUUGGCAGGACGACUAUUGACAGUGAAUCACUGUAUCACUUAUCAAAAAUUCCUGGGUUAGAGAUUGAGUCUUUACAUUUAAUGUCAUGUGACCAGCUGUCUAAGAGUGGAGUGGACUUGCUUUGUCAGAACCAAAAAUCCAUCUUAGAUCUUGACUUGAGCUUGUGUCUCGCAUCUGUCUAG